AUGUCCGACUCCGAAUCUCCCCAACACAUGUCGGACCCUGAGACAAUCGCACAAUACGGCCAGGACAACACCUCAGAUGCGCGAGAAAGCCUAGACCUCAUCUUUCCCCAUCUCACCCACGAAGAAUCCGUACCUUCCACACAGCACGAAUCAUCCUCCAACAUCAUCCCAUCAGAAAUCAAGCAAUCUCCCGCCAUUCCUAUCCCCAUCCCUCAACUAUCCAAAGGCCUAGUAACAUUCGCCUACCAGCGCGCCCUCCUCAACCGUAUCAAAGCCCGCGACCUCCAACAAGGAGGAAAGUACGAUCUCAACAAAUACACCCCAGUAUUCCUCCACGACAUCCUAAUGCUCCCGGGCUCCCUAGCCAAUCUCAUCGGCAAGGGCUCCCCAGAAGACAUCCUCAACCGCAUGACCCCUGCACUCCUCCACAACCAUCACAUUCAUCAUACUCCCUCCCUCUCAAAAUCCCAUCUCCCAUCCCUCCUCCCCUCCUCCCCCGCCGCUCCCUCUCCUCCCAUCCAAGGCAUGCUCCUCUUCGGCCAAGGAAAACACGCCCGCCAACUCAUCCACACCCACUACCGCGCCGACACCAACACCGGCACCACGACAGCACACACUCCCUCAAUGCCACCACCCAAACGCAGAAAAGUCCCAGUCGAAAUCGAAAUCAUGGUCCCUCAACCACGCGAAAGACGGCGACAUUCCAGGGACUUUUGGCGUCCACAACGGAUAGUCAUCUCGGUGCAUGCUUGGAAAUCUACCUCCGCUGAAGAAGGAAAUUUUCAGGCAUGUGAGGAGCGGGAGGGGGGGAGGUGUGUGGCCGAGUGGACUUUGGAGGGAUAUCUUGCGGGGACGUUGGGGAGGGAGGAAGGACUUUCUAUAGGGAUUCAGGGGAGGGGAGAAGGGGAUGAGGAUGGGGAUGUUAGGAGUAUGGAGAAUGGGGAGGUGAUGAUGGAGUAUGAGAAUGUGGGAAGUUGA